UGAAACUUCAUUUUAUAGCUUUGUAAAAAAAUACCUGAUACAAAUUACGAAAAGUUAUUUUAAUAUUGAUAACAUACACAUUAGAUAUUUAUGUUUUUAUUGCGUUAUUAAAACAUAUUCUCUUGUACAAAAAUUCAAAGGAUUCUUUGAAUAAAACGCUAUGGAUGUUUUAUCACGGCCUGCGGAAGAAUUCGAUAACGAUGAAACUUUGGAACACUUGUGGGCUGCUAAGGCCAUGGAACAUAGUGAUAUAUAUUUUAAUGUUCUAUGUUCCGUAGACACAAGAUGGCUACGUCUCACACAACAUGAUGACCUCAUCUACAAUCACUUCAGACAAGACUUCCCUGAUAUGGAUGUGAAAUAUAUAAACGAAAAUGUAUUGAAAAAUAAUGUCAAUAAAUCUCGCUGGCGUAUGUUCUGUGAGAAAUUUAAAAACAUUGUUGAAGACUACAGCUUCGGUACAUUACUCCGUGCUGACACUAAUGGUGACUAUUCCGAACAAAAUACAAUUUUAGUACCAAGAGUUCAGUUCUAUGCCAUUGAAAUAGCAAGAAACAGAGAAGGUUUGAAUAAUGAGGUGAAGAAAAGAUGUAAAUGUGCCUCUAAAUUAUCAAUGGAAGCCCAAGAACAUACUCAAGAAGUUGCCGUUUAAAGUACUAAGUGCACUAAGCACCAUAAGUACUAAGUGUGCCUAUUGUAAUUACUUUGCAAGUUACUACUAUUUCCAUUUCAUAAAUAAUGGUUAAAAAUAUAAGUUAAUCAAAUAAACAUUAUAUAA